AUGGAUGAGAAAUUACAGGAGCAGAAGCGAUCGUUUAUUGCUAGUGAAAUUAUUUCCUUCGGAUUCAAUAUUUUUCCAUCAGAAGAAUUAGAAGACUUACAAAAAGCAGGCAUUGAAGAUUUACGUUUCUAUAAGCUAAUCGAAUGGAUGUGUAAUGAGAUAUCGUCACUGUAUGGGUUAGAUGAAACGGUUCAUGGACCAGCUGGAUCCGAUAAUGUGGAAUUUUUCUUAUUAGACCUUAGUUCAAUUUUGUCUGAAUUAGAAUGUCCGGUGGAUGCGUUAACAACUGGACCAGUUGUAGAAAGAUUUCGUUCGACUGAAAAUCAAACAAAAUUGCUUGAUUUUUUAAUGGGGCAUAUGAAAUGCGCUCGAUUGACUGCGCUGAAUCGAUUACAUGAGGAAAUACCUGAGUAUAAGAGUGCUGAAGUACUUCACUUAGAAAAUGCAUUGGUAGCAGUUGGUAUCAAUCAGUUACCUGCUGGUAUUACAGUUGAGCAGAUUUUCUCAGCAUUAAAAGAUUUGGCUACGAAACAAAUGGACAAAUGUAAAGAAAAACCACAUCCACUAUUAACCGCGUCAUUAAGUGAUACACAGUGGGAAAAAAUCGAAGUGUUGAAUGAAAAAUUAGUGCAGGAAUAUCGAAGUCGGAUUCUAUUAUUGCUUAAACGUCUCGAUGUUACAAUUCAAUCAUUCACUUGGUCCGAUCGUAUAAAGAAAAUGCAGGAUAAGUUACAUGAUAUUUAUCGUUCUCGACGAGAACACAUUGCUGUAGCAUCAAAUGUUGGUAUGGAUGAUUUACUUGCGGCGACUAGCUCUCUUCUAAUUGUUGAUCGAAUAAAUAAUGAAAAAGAAAGAAAACGUACCGCAUCACGGUUAAAUAAAAUAAUGAUUACUGAUCGUCCGGGUGAUCGUGGUGGUAGGCCAUCUGAACUACGGGCUCCUCCGCCGGAAAUGCCUCCUUGGAUAAAGGAUCGCGUUCCGGAUCAAGGCGGUAGAAAACGAGGCGAUUAUAGAAGUGAUGGAGGAUAUCAGAGAGGUGGAUAUCAAGGAGGCCUAGGUUUUCAGUAUGACAGAAAUGAUUAUCAAAUUGGUGGUGGAUAUGGAGGCUAUGGAAGAGGAGGAUUUAGAACUGGCGGUCGAAGUACAGGUUUUGAAAAUCAGGUAAUGAGAGAAUGCGAAGAAUAUUAUAAUCAAAGCCAUACUGGUCGGCGUGGUAGUAGUAGAAGAGGACGUGGUUGGUACGAUGAACAACGUGGUUGUAGAUAA